CACCAACCUGAAUUAAUCAUAUGCAGGAGGAGAGAAAAUAAAAUGCCUUUUCCUUAGAGCCCAAGUUUCACUGGCUGCCCGGAAGCCUGAAAACCACAGGGUGAACUUUCUGCUAAUGGAGGACCCCGAGAAGAAGCUGAAUCAGAAGAGUGACGGCAAACCCCGGAAAGUACGAUUUAAAAUCUCCUCCUCUUACAGUGGUCGAGUGUUGAAGCAGGUCUUUGAGGAUGGGCAGGAAUUAGAGUCGCCAAAGGAAGAAUACCCUCACAGUUUUCUCCAGGAGUCCCUUGAGCCAAUGGAUGGUGUUUAUGGGUCUGGGGAAGCCCCCAAACCUUCGCUGUACUCCCCUAAGCUGACUGCUCAGAGGAUCAGUGUAUUCAGAGAGGGCGAUGCCUACACUUUGGCAGGCAGCCAGCCUCUGUUCAAUGAUUACAAGGCGAAUGACCAUAAGCCUCCACCUAUUAUAGAUUUUGGAAAGAUAAUCAUCUACACAAAUAACCUGAAAAUCAUCCGAACCCCAAUGGACAAGAGGGAUUUCAUGAGGAAAAUUCUCCAGAAAGAAGAAGUGGCUGAGGAAGAGUCUCUGAUGAGCAAAGAAGAAACCUAUGGAGACAGGGACCAGAACAAUGGGCCUUUGCCAGAGACGGAGAGCACAUUUCCUCAUGAUCAGUACAUGCAGGAAGGGGAACUUCCCGAAGACAACUGUUUUCACUGCCGAGGUUCUGGCAGUGCCACUUGCUCUCUGUGCCACGGCAGCAAGUUCUCGAUGCUGGCCAACAGAUUUAAGGAGUCCUACCGGGCCCUGAGGUGCCCUGCCUGCAAUGAGAAUGGCCUGCAGCCUUGCCAGAUUUGCAAUCAGUAGCUGUGGAUUUUGCAUGUCAGCUUUUAUUGUACUCUCCCUAAAGUUAUUUCUAAUAAACUGUCCCCUCCUCCUCCUCCUGCCUCUCCCAGCAAGGAAGCCACUGCAGCUGUAAUCACUUCCACCGUUAGCAAAACUCAAUUAUUCAGUGACAUUUUGUGAGGCUGGGAGCAUCUCCAUGUGGGUCUAAGUAGCAGGGGCAUUUUUGAAUCAGAGUCAGCUUUGAAACCUGUUCUAAAAUUAUCCUUUCAGGAAUGUGUGCACGUAUCUCACUUGAUUUAGCUCAGUUUUCACCUUGCACCAGUGAACAAAUAAAUGUACACUUCAGGCAGCAGGUUGAAAUUAUUUUCUGGUUGGGAGGUAUUUUGCAAAAUUAUGUGGUAAGCAUGGACUCGAAAAGCAGCUUUCUGAUGAACUGAAUUCCUGUUGCUUAUAAUACAUCUGAAAUUGUCAUUGGUCAAAUUGAAUUUCUAAUUAAGCAGAAGAAAGGGAGAGCCAACACUGAACACUCCAGCAGGCCACCACAAAACAGGAUGUUCAUCCCUGAGAUAGGCAAGCUGAGGAGGCUUGUCCUUCCAAAGUCUCUCCUGGGGGCUUUGCUUAGGUAGCACCCAUGCAGGCAGUGAGCAGGACUACUUCUCAGGUCAAGACGAGAUGGGACAUUUUGAGUGCCUCUAACCACUGAAGUUAUAAGCCAAGUCGAAGCUAUUUAUGAUAAAUUUGGUGCUCCAGUAUGUGUGUGAUAGGACUUUUUCCAGCUCCUGAAUGGUUACCAAAUAAACAGAUCUAUUUUAAGUUUAAUAUGUAGCCACAAUAUCUACAUAAAAGAUGACAGAUAUUUUGUAGAUAUAUAUUGGAAAACUUCUAGGAGAAAAACUAUGCAACGAUGAUUUUAGGCAAUUAUAUUUCCACUGUUCACAGAUGCACAUACUGUGGAUGAUUUUCUCCUAAAGUUUGUUAUUAAAUUAGAAAGACACUUUUGUUAAUGAUUUUUUGUAGCCCUAACAUCCAUUCCCCAUGUCCCUUGAGAAUAACACUGUAAAAUCUGUUAUCUAUUGAGACCCAUUACUUUUCUAUGAUGAUUUUGAUUUCAUAACUUAAUCAUUUUUCAAGAUUUGUUUGUUAAUCUCUAAUAUCCAGCUAUUAAAAUACUUCAGCAAUGGAAUGCUUUGGGGGCAACAUAAAUACUUCUAAUAAAACGCAUGAAAAUGUU